AUGGCAACAGCAAAAACUGAACACAAGAAAGAGGAAACUCCAAGUUCAUCUGGAAUGAAAACUACAACCAGUAGCAUCCCAAGUUCAGCAAAUUUCGACCCAAUGAACAGGAAACUAAACUUCGACAGCACAGAAUCUGAAAGGAGAAUGCACGCAAUGAGGAUGGCUCCGGACCCACCACCUUUUGAUCUAAGCACACCACCAGAAACUAAUGAUCAAGAUGAAUUAGUCGUCAACGAAGCUAACAAAGAAGUGGAGAUACAAGAAGCAGAAGCUGUGGGUGCAGAACCAAACAUCAAGAAUACAUCAGAUGCAUCAAGGAGCAAAACACCUGUGGUUCAUGAAUAUCAAAAGAGAAAUGUCAAGAAAGGCCACUUAGCAAAAUCUCCAUUCGUCAACCUAGAAUCCAAGAAAAACUACAGUGUUUCCAAGUCAGUGGAAACUCUUUAUAACAUGGUGUGUGAGCAUGGAUGGAAGACUACCUCACCGACGAAUAAAGAAAUAGUCAUUGAUACAACAAAUUACUAUUGCAACCUCGGGCAGUUGGCAGAUUCAGUUGCACCAGGGAAGAUGUUGAUAAAUAUAGUAGCUGAGAUUGGAAUUCACAUAAUGACAAUGGAGAACAAAAAUCCUAAGAAACACAUAAUGCCACUACGUGUUGCUAAAUACCUCAUUGAUUCCCGAUAUGAUUUAAAAGAUGUUACAAGGUGUUUUGAGAACAGCCCAACCAAUAGACUUGAUCACAAAGAAAUUGUUUGUUUCCCGACAUUCGAGAAGUGGGCACGAACACCUACAAAUGGUUCUGGUCACUACUGGCUGGUUGUUCUUAAUGUAAGUGCAGAAAGAUUUGAGAUAAUUGACUCGUUAUCAUCAAAGAAAAAGGGGGAAGCUCUUAUGAUGGAAGCAUGUCACAUGCUCAUAGCGGGAAUCAAGGUUAUGUGGAAAAGAGAGUAUGCAAAAUCAAAAGUGCAAAUCGCGAAUUGGCCAAUAGAAGUUAUUGACAGUCCUCGUCAAACAAACACGUACGACUGCGGUUUCUUUAUGUUGAAGAACCUUGAGGAAAAACAUGGAAGGAUGGUUUCAUCAUUCACACAGAAGGACUUGCCAAACAUCAGGGAACUGUACACUGACAAAUGGCUCCGCACGGAGAACAAAGCACCUUGGGGCUUAUAUAUCUAG